AUGCAGAGCGGCUUGGGAGGCUUUAGGGAUGCUCUGGGGGUUUCGGGGCUGCUCGGGAGGGUUCUGGGGGCCGGGGCGGGAGGCGGGAGCGGGCGGGGCGGGGAGGGGCAGCAGCCCCGCGGCGGCGGCUCGGCGGGAGCGGUGCGGGCCAUGGAGAGCGGCGGGGCGCUGAACGGCUCCGCCACCGCCGCCGGCCGCUUCCCCGCCGCGGGCACGGCAGCGCUGGGAGCGCUCAUGGCCCUGCUCAUCGCCGUCACCGUGGCGGGCAACGCGCUGGUCAUGCUGGCCUUCGUGGCGGACUCCAGCCUGCGCACCCAGAACAACUUCUUCCUCCUCAACCUGGCCAUCUCGGAUUUCCUCGUAGGUGCCUUCUGCAUCCCCCUGUACGUGCCCUAUGUGCUGACGGGGAGAUGGAUCUUCGGGAGAAGCCUCUGCAAACUCUGGCUGGUGGUUGAUUACUUGCUGUGCACCUCUUCGGUCUUCAACAUCGUACUGAUUAGCUACGACAGAUUCCUCUCGGUGACAAGAGCGGUCGCCUACAGAGCCCAGCAAGGCAAUACCAGGCAAGCAGUGCUGAAGAUGAUGAUGGUGUGGGUGUUGGCAUUCCUGCUGUACGGACCUGCCAUUAUCAGCUGGGAGUACAUAUCAGGCCAGAGCAUCAUCCCCAUCGGGGAAUGCUACGCUGAGUUCUUCUACAACUGGUAUUUCCUCAUGACAGCCUCCACGCUGGAGUUUUUCACCCCUUUCAUCAGUGUGAUGUUUUUCAACCUAAGCAUUUACCUGAACAUACAGAAGCGCACCAAAAUGCGCCUGGAUGUUUUCCACGAAGUGCACAACCAGUCCUUCACUGAAGAGAUGGAAAGGAGCCCAGAAGCAAAGCUUUCUUUGAAAUGCUGUAAGUGGGAGCAGAAGGAGUCAGCUGAAACCCUCGACCUCUCUAAGAGCAAAGCUCAAGCAGCAACCUCCACUUCCAGCCUGGAUGCCAAAGACCUGCUGGCAACAAGCUCGGAGAGCUCCAGGAAACCCAAGUGUUGCAACAAAAAGAGCUGUAAAAAUUCAGCCUCCACUCUGUCCUCAGAGAAACAGGUGAAGAUCAUGUCCCAGAGCACAACUCAACGCUUCAGGCUCUCUAGAGACAAGAAAGUGGCCAAAUCACUGGCAGUCAUUGUGGGCAUUUUCGGGAUUUGCUGGGCACCGUACACUCUCCUGAUGAUCAUCCGCGCUGGCUGCCACGGCCAGUGCAUCUCUGAGUUCUGGUAUGAGACUUCUUUUUGGCUGCUGUGGAUCAACUCAGCUGUCAACCCUGUCCUGUACCCUCUCUGCCACUCCAGCUUCAGAAGGGCUUUUAUUAAACUCCUUUGUCCCAAGAAACUGAAGAUUCAGCCUCAUAAUGCCCUUCAGAACUACUGA